UCUGCGCGGUGCCGCAGAGGGGUCUCCGGACGCUACUCCCUGGUCCUUCUCAUUUUCCUGGGCAAGAGGCUUUCCAUCCAAAGCUUCAUGCAGGAGGCUUCAUGUUGGCAUCCAGGGUACAUGUCCCAAAUAUGUCCAGCCUCACUUUCUGAUCCUAGUGGCAAAGAGCCACAGACAGAUGACAGUAGCUAUCCUCCUUCCAUUCUGAGGAAAAGGCCACCUGUGGACCAAGCUGUGGGGGAAAAGCGGAGAGCAGAGAGAAGGGUUCGAUUUCGUGAGCCAGAGGAAGUCAUUGAACAUGUCAUUUCCUGCUGUGACUACGUAGUGGCAGAUGACAGGACAUCAUCUGGAUUGCCUGUGCUCCUGUGGCUCUCGUUUUGUGCAGUGCUGAUUCUUGCUGUGAGCCUCUACUACACCAGCAUGAAGCAGGAUGCCAAAGUCCUGGAGGAAUUUCAAUCCCGACUUGUCAUAUUCUUCCUUCAUAUAAGACACAUUGCUCAGAGGUGCUGGACUUGGUUUAUGAGGCAGUAGCAGUGUCCUUCAGCCUGACACUGCUAAGAAACAUCAGUGCAAAGCUCCCAGCCUACUGCAGCCACAUGCAAGGAACACAUGAGCAUCUACCCCAAAGAGCAAGAAAAUCACCCCUGCUGUGCACCAUCUGGCAAACACUUGUUGUCCUUUUUCCUUCUUUGUUGUUUGGGGUUUUCUUUCACAUCAAUGAACAUUCAAACUAAUGCCUCCUCAAGUCUCCUAAGAAUUAUUUUGCAAAAGUUAAAAUAAAGCUGAGCUGUUGCACAGACACUGCUCUGGUGGUCAA